AUGAGAAUUGGUUGCUUGCAGUUCGCGCCCCAGGUGGGAGAUGUCGACAACAACCUAAAUCGUGCAGAUGCUGUCCUCUCGAGAGCAAAUCCCGAUGAUUUAGACGUUUUGGUUCUGCCCGAGCUGGCUUUCUCUGGGUACAACUUCAAGUCGCUGCAAGACAUUACCCCAUUUCUCGAACCUUCUGGCUCUGGCAUCACUUCUCUCUGGGCUAGAACAAUCGCACUCAAAUACAAUUGUGUUGUUACUGUCGGUUAUCCCGAAAAAGUCGAUGUUUCGCCAAAAUGGCCUACUGGCCCUGAAUACUACAACUCAGUCAUUGUCGUUAAUGGAGAUGGCGAGACGAUCGCAAACUAUAGGAAGUCUUUCCUAUAUCAAACCGACGAGACAUGGGCGUUGGAAGGAAAUCGUGGAUUCUACGAUGGCUUCAUACCUGGGCUUGGAAAUACCAGUAUCGGCAUUUGUAAUCCGUACAAGUUUGAAGCACCUUGGCAUGCCUUUGAGUUUGCGUUCCACAUCCUGGAAGUGGAAUCUAAUCUGGUCAUCGUGUCCAUGGCAUGGAUGACCAGAGAAGAUCCGCGGCGGUUCACUCGUAUGCCCAACGAACCAGACAUGGAAACUCUGACAUACUGGGUUACGCGACUCGAACCCCUUAUCCGUUCAGAUAACCAAGAUGAGAUCAUCGUCGUCUUCUGCAAUCGUUGUGGAAACGAGGACGAAGUUUUAUAUGCUGGAACCAGUGCAGUUAUCGGAAUUCAUGAUGGCGAGGUCAAGGUUUAUGGCCUUUUGGGACGCGGAGAAAAGGAAUUGCUGGUGGUCGACACCAACAACUCACCGUACGCUAAGCUCGUAUAUCGGCCAGAAUCCGGAGGGUCUGGCAUGGAAGCCCCUGGACAUCUCGAGCAAUCGAAGAAACCGGAUAAUGAUACGAGCAAGAAGAAUGACCCAAAGGCUGCACCAAGCGACAAGCCUCUCACCGACCAGACCAGCAAUAAGAGCCUUGGAUCCCCAAGCUCGAAAGAAAAGCCCAAGUCACCUACUGCACCACUACCACCACCUCCCCAACUUCCUGAAAACUUGGCUCUGAACUCUCAUGAUACCUCGACGAGAAAACGACACCCACCUGACAUAACAAUACCCAAAGAGUCGUCAGUCCUGAAGAUGAACUCGGCACGCUCCCCGGGAAACGAUAGCAUCAACAUCCCAACACCGUCCGCUCCCAGCCCCACGCCCAUGGCGAUUCGACCUCGACUAAUCAUCCCCGAAUCGCCUCCCAUACUUCCUCACCAGUACCCUCCAGACCACCCCAUCAGUGCUGCCUCAUUGAGGUCAGAAAGAUCUAUUCGGUCCGUCAAGUCUGAUCAGUCUGAGGCUUCAACCAAGACUAUUCGCACAAAUCCACGACCACCAGAAGAGAGCACACCUUAUCCAGACAGUGGGGCACCCUUGAGUGGUUACCCUGAGAAUUUCUUUCCCUCGGAGAAAAUUAUUUACGGCGGCCAUGUGACCAUUGAGAGUGCAGGACCAUUCAGCCCGAAUACUCCAUUUGAAGACAUAUCGCCAAUCUCGCCUGAGCAGUACUAUUGGCGACCAUCUGACAACAUGAUGCGAACACCGCUAUCUGCUGGCGGAUGGACACCUGGUACACCUAUUGGAAGAAAGCCAGAGCCAUUUCCGUGGCCUGCUAUAACAGGGAAUGCGCAUCCUCCAGAUCGUAACAACAACAAAGAGCGGAUGAGAGACAAUGCCACACCAAGAGAUUUUCGCCAUCUUCAUUCACAAUCCCCUCAGUCCAGCUCAUCAUCAAACCGAACUACCAAAAGCGAAAGAUCCGCACGUUCAGUAUCAUCUGUCAACUCCAAGGGUACCGUUCAGGGCUCUGUGAAAGAAAACAAAGCACUCGCGCGACCGUCAUCCCCAAAAUCUCGAAAUGCUAGCCGCUCAAGGAUGCAUAAAAGGACUGGGUCUGCACUUGGUGACCGGGAAACCAACGCUGCAAUCUCGUUGCACCUGGAAGGUAUCUCCCUGCGAGCUGAAUCAGCGAGUCGGAUGAGGGCAGGUUCUGCUGCAGGCACCCCUGUUGGCGAUCGCGUUCAAUCCCCCCCGUCUAGGAACAGCAGUCGUCCGCGUAUCGCUGAAGCUGUCAACGUUCAGCCUGAACAACAUAUGAUCCGUAUUGCUGCAAGUCCCAGCAUUCUCAAGGAAGAUCAACAGAACCAAUAUCAGUCUUUGAACCGCGCAACGUACCACCAUCGGAGCAACUCUUUCGUAUCGAACCGAACUCCUAUUCCAGCGAUUGAGAUGGCUCGCCCAGCCUCGCGUGCUGCGAGCAGAGGCCGAACCCCAGGGCCAAAAAGUCUCGCAACAAACGGUGUUAUUGAGUCGGUCUCGCCUGUUGCGGAACGAGCGUCGUCUGCAGACUCCACGAGGAACGACAGGCUUCAUAGCCGUGUUCAUCAAGAAGGACAUCCAGCAUCUGCGCCUCAAUCACCCCCCAAAUCCUCUCCUGUCCCUAGACCGGCCUCGAGUGCUGGCCCAUCUCGUCAUCUUCAACCUGAACCGGCAGAACCUCGCCGGGCAUCAUCGGGUGAUACCGGUCAGCUUGUCUUUGAGAAACCUAUCCUCGACUUAAAUAAUGACACUCAGUCAUGUUCCCAGAAUGAGGCUGCCGAAGCCAGCGAUUGCGGCUCUUUUGCAGAGACACUCCAAACCAUUUCGACACCCGGCCGGUCUCCUGCGACGCCCUCUUUCAACCCAUCAACACCUAAGGCAAUGAUACUCAACACGAACGACUUGGAGAUCGAACCACUUUUUGGUGGUAGCUUGAAUGGCCCUGAGAAAACACCAACCUCCCGAUGUGCUGAAGUUCGGGACACGUCCAUGUGGGAUGGAGAAUAUGAUAGAUGUGAAGGGAGAUUCGCAAUGCUGCUGCCCUCGCGAGUAGCUCUCAGUUAUGAUACCACUGGUACUUUACUUCUUGGGGCCUGUCAUGUUGUGAGCGGAAGAUUGGGGGAUAUCAUGUUCUUUACCCCCUCUUACAGCUGGUAUGUGCCGCUGUACCGCGGAUCUUCCAAUGGUGUUUUCCGCCCCCAGGCAUUCCUUGUGCCAAUCACUAUCCCGUGCGACAAGAGAUGCUGGGACAUUAAGAACCGGCGGCUGCACUCUGCUGUCACCGCACCAUUGCAACUCAUCACCCGCAUCAUUCAGACUGUCACACUACUAACCAUAGCUAGGUUAUCGAAUGUUCUGAUCUUCCCCAGCCGCCGUCUUUAUUCUCCUACGAUGAAAACUUCAACUUUGGUAUCAGCAUGGGGCACACUCAGCUCUGUCGCCGCCAUCUUGGUAGCGGAAAACUCACCAUGCGGGACGCUGUGUGGUAAUGUCCUCGAUGCCACUACCACCGACGAUAUCGUUUGCCAGGAAGACGACUACAAGAGUGGCGCAGGAAUUGUUUAUCAACAAUGUGUGGCAUGUGAGCUCGGAAGUGACUAUCACACAAAGAACAACGAAACGGACCAGCAAUGGUUGUUAUACAAUGUCCGUUAUGCGGUCUCAUAUUGUUUGUUUGGUGUUCCUGGUAACAAUAAAGUCAUAAACACUCCUUGCUUAACUUCAAAAGCUUGUGGACCAUUCCGCCAAGCUGUUGAGUACAAGAACCUGUCUUCAGACAUUCAAAGCUACGAAUAUUGCGAUACCUGGCCGGUUCAAGACACACCUGACUUCGAUGGAUGUACAGAUUGCCUGCGGGCGGGCGACAACCAUUAUUUAGCUAACUUUUUUACUCUACUUCAAGCUGGAUGCGAACAAAAACCACAACCUGGAAUUACAGUAUCUGUUGAUGGCGGCCUCUUCUCCCAGGACAUUGUCAACAUCACUGAGCCCACACCUGUAGCUUCUGUGGAUCCGGAUUGGCUUGACCAAGGUCCUAUCAGUCUCGGUGCUAAGGUCGGUAUCGCUGCCGGAGGUGUGGUAUUUCUAUUGUUUAUCCUUGGCUUUUGUAUCAUUUGGCGCGGUAAGAGACGGAGACGGGCUUUUUUGCGACAGCUCGAGAACCGACCCCGUACCAAGGGGAGCUGGCCUAAGAGGGGUUGGCCUACUCCAUUGCACAUCUCUAACGACAACGACAUGCGAGAGACACCCUUAAGCCAAAAGCCAUUCAGAAGUUGGGACGAAUCUCCCGUCAGCGCUCGAUCCGAAAAGACAUUCCCAAGAUAUGUCUCCCCUUACGGCUCUCAGUUCGGCAGUCCUGUCAGUGCCACUGAGCUGCAGCUAGCCCAAUGGCCGGUGAUGAACCCGAACCAACAAGCGUAUCCGCCGAUGCCCAAUCAUGCAUCAAAUCUCCAUCCGUAUCCUGAGAUGUUCCCUUCUAUGUACAAACCUGACCCGAGUCCCUCAGGAUCACAAAUUGGUGUAGCUCUAGGUGGUGAUGAUUCGUCGCUCAACACUCCCCAAUCAAAGGGCAAAGAUAAAGACGAGUCAUACGAGAUGUAUCCUGUGGAUGUCCGGUCUCAUGGUGCCAUUGGAAUUUAUCAGCCCGAGCACCUCGAGGGAUUAUAUUCACAACCCGAUUACUUCGCUCAUGGAGACGUGCAGCAGGGCCAGAUAUAUCAAGGUCAAGGGCAUGAAUACCAAGACACUUAUGAUGAUGAUUUCAGGGGGAGGAGACCAUAA